UGUUGCAACUGUAAUGUUAUCGGCCUGACGGCACUGGAAUCGGUUUUUUCUAUAGAUUUUUUUUAACAAAAUAAGCGUGUAUUUUUUAGAGUCGUUUGCUGUAUGUGUGUCGUCUCUUUCCUUGAAUCCUGAUCUCUUCAGUCGAACUGUGGUCAGCUCCCCGCAAUGGUGUCCAAGAACCAAUUCCAGCCUAACCGGCUGCAGGCGCAGCAGUACCCGCAGCAAAUGCAGCAGCCGCAGUACCAGCAGCAGCAAAACCCGCAUCCGCAGCAGCAGCGCAACAACCAGAACAACAAUAUGAACAACAGUAACCAAAAUCCCCGGGCAGCUGCAGCUCCAUACCGGAAGCCCUUCCGUCCGGGCAACAAUGCCUCCGGAGGACCAGGUGGCAACGGAAAUGGGAAUGGGAACAACGGCAAUGGCAACAACCAGAUGAUGUUCUCCUCCAGCCAGAUGCCCAGCGAUCCCCUGUACAUCGACUUCAACAGUCCGGCACCGGGAAAUAAACAAAAUCAAGGGGACGGCCUAAAGAAAAAGCCCAUGAAGGGGAUCAAACAAUCAACCAAUCCGAACCAACAGCAGGGCAAGAUGAACAGCCCGAGCAACAAGCAGAUGAACCAGCAGCAGCCCUUCAACAACCCAAUGAACGGAGCCGGAGGCGACUGGCAGCGCUUUCCGGGAAACAAUCCCAACCUGAAUCGCGGCUUCAAUGGAUUCCAGCGUGGACCCCCGCCGAACCGUCCGCCGGGACGCCACAUGAUGGGUCCACCAAUGGGUCCCAUGGGCCCCGGAGGACCACGUGGACCUGGCCCCAUGGGUCCCGGAGGACCUUACCCGCAGAUGCCUUUCCAGCCGCCGAUGCCUGGGAUGCGUGGCCCUGGGCCCAUGGGACCCAUGGGUGGACCACCGCCGCCGCCACCACCGCACUUCCUGCGGCGCAAUGGACCUGGUCCAGGUCCAGGUCCUAUGAUGGGCGGCCCGCCGCCCAUGCACAUGAUGGGUCCACGGAUGCCGCCGCGCGGCAUGCCCCCGGUUGGACCCUUCGGCGGACCUAUGAACAUGAACGGCGGCCGGAUCACAAAGCCCAUCCCCCCUAAGCUGAUCAAGCAGGCGGUGAAGGGGAAGAGCAGCAUUAAAACGUUAAAGAACCUGAUCAAUCAGUAUCCCAUCGACAAGCCUUGGGUCACCGACGAGAUACGCACCGAGCACGACAAGAAGGUGGACAUCGAGAAUCGGUUGAAGGGCCACAAGGACGACGAACUCUUUGCCCAAUACAAGGGCCAGCGCGACAAGUUUGUGGGUCUCUACGAGGCGGCACGGGAGGAGUAUCUCAAGCAGGAGGCAGCCAGCGUCAAGGCCAAGGAUGCCAAGUCAGACAAAGACAAAAACGCAAUUUCAAAUCAGAGCGCCGCCCCUCAGGCCGAAGGCGCUAAAGAUGCAACAAUUCCAAAUCCCUAGGCAGCCAAUGCAACCGAAACCGAAUACCGAAUCAAAUCGAAUCGAACCGAAUCAAGAUCAGGUCGACUCACAGAACAGAAACUAAAAACUAUAACUAAAACGUAAAACAAAUGCAGCAAUUUAAACCUAAAACUAAAUCUAAAUCUAAAGAAAAACAAAGAAAAGCGAGCAAGAGCAAGAGUCUGACAAUUGAAGACGUAUAAAACUCAAGACCCCGACUCGAUAUCGGAUCGGAUAUACUAUACACACCCUCCUCGCGAGGAGGUGCUUUUGUCACACGUUGCUUUUGCGACUGAGAACUGAGCUUAAUAAUGAUAAUAUUGAAACAAAAUACAAUAUGAUCCCAGCGAUGAUUGUGCGGGAGAAGUUCUAAUGAUAAAGAUUAUGAUAAUGAUAAUGAAUAACGCAUAACGAUUCACUUGUCUAACGAUGAUUGUUAAUUGUGACCGUAACGUAAAGUAGAGUAUUGAAUUGUAACCGUAACGUAACAGUUUCCCUAGUCGGAAAAAAAUCUUUUCUUCAAUUUUAAGAUGCAGCAAUAUCAAUUAUUUGAACACAAUAUUAUAAUAUAUUAUUAGCUACAAAUAUAUAUAUGCAUAUAUAUUGAGAUAUA